AUGAGUUGUUGGAAUGGUGCAAUGAGACCUCCAGGGCAGAAAAAGGAGCAUAAUCUUAUUAUGAAUAAUGGUUUAAUCUAUGGACAACGAAACAAUAUGAAUUGGAACGAUGGAAGAGGUCAGCUGAAUUUCCAUGGUUCUCCCCCGUUUGUUCAAGCAAACCGUAAUGCCAGUGUUGGAAACAUGAGAUGGUUCAACUUUGUAAUCAACAAGGGACUUGAUUGUUCGAGGGGGCAGAACAAGGGCUCACUGCAGGAGAUUGGUGUGAGUAAGCGCCGAGAUGGAAGGUUAGAACUUGAUAAUUGGUCUCACUUUGCAGCAGCUUGUGGAAAUGCCAAGUUAUGUAACUCAUUCUCUUUGGCGUUUAAGUGUAACUCUUUGGCUGAAGCUCGUGGAUAUAUAUACUUAAUAGCAAAAGAUCAACACGGUUUUAGGUUCUUACAGCGGCUAUUCGAUGAGGGUACCCCAGAGGACCUUGAAAUAAUAUUUAAGGAGAUCAUUGAUCAUGUAGUUGAACUCAUGAUGAACCCUUUUGGGAAUUAUCUUAUGCAGAAGUUAUUGGAAGUGUGUAAUGAAGAACAGAGGAUGCAGAUUUUGCUAAUGGCUACCGAGGAACCAGGGCAGCUUGUUAGAAUAUCUCUAAACACACACGGCACCCGUGUAGUGCAGAAGUUGAUUGAGACUCUCAAAACCAGGCAGCAUAUUUCACUAGUUAUAUCAGCUCUCGAGCCUGGGUUUUUAUCUCUCAUCAAGGACCUGAAUGGGAAUCAUGUCGUGCAGAGGUGCUUGCAAUGCCUUUGCAGUGAAGAUAACAAGUUUAUUUUUGUUGCUGCUGCAAAGUAUUGUGUCGAUAUUGCAACUCAUCAACACGGCUGUUGUGUUUUGCAACGAUGCAUUAGUCAUUCCUCUGGGGAAUAUCGGGAAAAACUGGUUGAACAAAUAUCCACCAAUGGGCUUCUACUUGCACAGGACGCAUAUGGAAAUUAUGUUGUUCAGUUUAUUUUGGAGUUAAAGAUUCCAUCCGCCACUUCGACUUUGAUAUCUCAAUUCGAAGGGCAUUAUGUGCACCUCUCAUCACAUAAGUUCAGCAGUCACGUGGUCGAAAAAUGUCUUCUGGUGUUAAAUGGCGAGAGCCGAUCGAAAAUCAUUCAGGAAUUGCUCUCUACAACUCACUUUGAACGAUUACUUCAAGAUCCACAUGCAAACUAUGUUGUGCAAACUGCUCUUCGUGUGUCCGAGGGAUCUCUGCACAAUUCGCUCGUUGAAUCAAUCGAGUCCCAUAAAGCACUAUCACGCAACAGCCCAUAUUCGAAGAGGAUUCUCUCACAUAAGCUUCUCAAAAAGUGAUGUACAUUCUUCCCAUCUCCGAAAGAAGUGUCUUUU